CUCUCUGGGUGAAAUCUCUUCUGCUAGAAUGAGGACUCUGUCUGCUCUGCUGAUGGUGCUGCUGCUCUGCUCUCUCCAGCAGGUCUACUGUGGAAUUGAACCCAUUGACAUUGAAGAUUGCUGUGUUAAGCUGACUAAGUUGCGGAAGCUUCCCUUGGCGCGCAUUGAAUCCUACAGCCUGACCAGCAGCACCUGCCCCAUAAAAGCUGUUGUCUUUCAGAUGGAUACUGGAAAGAUCUUCUGUGUGGAUCCUUCCUGGGAUUGGGUAAGAAGUCACAUCGAAGCCUUGGAUCAGCGGAAAACUGCAUAGACAGCAGCUAAACUAAAAAAAUGAGCUAAUAAAUGUACAAAAUUGUAUCAUUUGCAUUUCUUUUUCUUCAAUAAAGGUGACAUUCCCCCAG